GAGUGACAGCUGGUGGUUUUUCAGAGAUGGCAGAUGAUGUCGAGAGUAAAGUUCUUCGAUACAAGUCCCGAUUACAAAACAGCACAGAUGAAGAGAAGUUACAAGAAACACUGUUUAAGAUAGCAGACAUUCCUAUCACAGUGGAUAUCCUGCAGAAAACAAAAAUUGGAAAAGUUGUUAAUGGACUGAGAAAAAAAGGUGGGGACUUGGGGAUUCUUGCUAAGGACAUUGUGACAGAAUGGAAGGCCAUGGUGGCUCGUGUACAGUCCCAGGAAGAAGAGGAGGAAAAAAAUGAUCACACCGAAAAGUCUCACUCCAGUCCUGAGGUGGAAAAUAAUGGAGAAAGUCCAGAGCACAAUCACAUUGAGAGGGAUGAUAGCCCAAUAAAGGAAGAGGUAAGAUCACCUCAGGAGAAAAGUCGAAGCAAAGACAUCAAAAAACACAGAACAGAUAGACAUUCAUCCCAUCAACCCUCCUCACACAGCAAGGCUAAAGAAGAAAAACACCAAGAGUCAGAAAACAGGUAUAGUUCUAAAGAUAGUCGACAUUCAUCAAACCGAGAAAAAGUCAGAAAGGAGGAAAAGAAGAACGAGGAAAAUAGAAAAAGUUCAUCAUCUGGAGAUGGCAAAAAGUCUUCUAGCAAUGAUCAUAAACAAUCUAAGAGUGAGAGGAGCUCAAAAUCUCAUACUGAACACUCUGAUAUAAAAAGUGACAAGAGUGUGGAAAAUCACAAGAGUCAUAGAUCUCAUUCCAAGACGAAAGAGAGUCAACCUAGUAGUAAAAAGGAAAGUCAACACUCCGUGACUAAGCACUCUGAGAGCAGCAGAUCUAGUAAAGACAGUAUUAAACACUCUGAUCAUAAACAUUCUUCAAGCCAUAAAAGUGAAAGUAGAAAGUCUGGGAGUAGGCAUUCCAAUAGUGAGUCUGGAGGUAAGGACAGGAGUCACAGCAGGCAUUCACACAGUGGUCACUCAGAAAGUCAUGCCAAGCAUUCUAGUAGUAGUAGCUCAAAAACUAAAAACCACAAUGACAAGAAAUCUUCAGAUAACUGUGAUAAAGUUAUAAGUAAUACAAAACAUUCCAGUAGUAAAUCUAGUGAUAGAGACUUUACAGACAUCAAAAGGUCAAAGCAUACCUUGUCUGAGAGUGAGAAUUCAGAGGAAGAGGAUAAGAAUCAAAGUAAAGUGUUGGGUCAUUGGGACGGGCUGAGCUCGGAUGCGGAGAUGGAGGAGGAACCAGGGGGGUUCUUUUUUAAUGAUGAAUAUGUGGACCAUGAAGCCCUGCUGAAUGAGGCCCUCAAUAAAUAUCACAUGGGGCCUCCCUCAUUACCUCCUUCUAGCAGCUCAGACAAAAAGUCCCAGGAAAGAUCCCAGGAAAGAUCUGAAAGGGAAGUGGGAAAAGAUCAUCCAAAGAAAGAGAAGCAUUUAGAUUCAGAUAAGAAGAAAAAGGAUUCUGGUGAUAAAGAGAGGAAGGAAAAGAAUAAGAGAGAUGAUUCCCACUCAUCACAUAAAUCAAAGUCAAACUCUAGCUCAAAAUCUAGCAGUCACAAGCAUGACAGGGAAAACAGAAAACGCAAACAUGACCAGGAUGGAAAACCAGAAUCCAAAAAGUCCCGCUCCAAUACGGAGAGUGCAGAUGUUGCUUCUUUUGAGGAAAGCAUCGCUAUCCCUGUCAAAAAACCCAAAGCUGAUCCAAAUUAUGAAAAACUUAAAUCCAAAUUUAAGAUAAAAAAGAAAGGAGAAGUACCCAAAGAACCAAAACCCCAAAAUGAGAAGUUAGUGUGUGAUACAUCAGAGACCGAGAGCAAUAAAAAACUAAAGGUUCCUGUUCCAGGGUCAAAGCUGAAGCUUUCUGAAAGAGACCUUGCUGGCCUCGUCCGUAAUAAUGUUGCAGCCACUUACCGCAACUUUGAGGAGGUUCCCUCGGCAACUGCUCAGUUUGACGACUCUCUGAUUGGACAGAAAAGUUACGCCAAGACCCAGGUGUACUCAGGAAAGAGGAGUAAUGCUGUCCCUAAGGUUUACUCACUUCAGGAAAUCUGCAUUAAUCUUCUCAUGAACUACAUUGACAGUAUUGAAGCUGUUGGAAGUUCUGUGCCAUUCUACAUACUUGAACCAGUGCUUAAAAAAUGUACCCCAGCUCAGCUGUAUAGGAUAGAAGACUUCAACCCUCAUUUCUUGGAGGAGAGUGAUGACCUGUGGAAGCUACAUUGUGAGCGAGAAUUCCGAGAUUCCAAGCCAGACGAGUUUGAGACAUACCGGGAACUAUACCUGAGGAAAUUUGAUGAAAAGGAGAGGAAGUUUAAGAUGAUUAAGGACAACAUAUCACAAUCUAUGGCUAAGGCAGCUCCAGAGAGGACAGCUAAACUGGCCUAUGUAGACAGCUAUGUCAAACCGCCGCGCGAGGUUCGCAGACAGCAACUAAAGUACGGAACUGCCGGUCCAUCAUCUGGAGAAAGAUCCAAAAAGUUUGCACAUCUCAUGGACCCUAUUGCUAUUGGCAGGAAAGAAAAGGAGGAAAAGGCUGUAAGACAGAAAGCUCCGAUGAUGCAGAAAACCAUGAUGAUGAUAAAGAAAAUGCGGAGAUAAAACAUCCAAGACAGGUUAAU